GUUUUGAACGUACGUAUGUCUAGUAAGUCAAGCUUCUUUCUUCCCUCUAUUCACUUAUCAAGCUAUGAUGGCGGCACCCAUGGUUUGAAGCGGCAUUUCGGAACCCGUCUCGCCAUUGGCAGUCCGGCAUCAUGGGCUUGGAGCAGAGCAGCCACGCCGGAGUAGCCCACAAGUUGGGCAAAGUGCACAAGAAAGGCUCUUCGCCACGUCCCUCCAUCAGCUCCGAUUCGGACGUGCCUUACAUAUCGUCGACGGUGAACAAUCCCAUCGGUGAGUCCCCCAAGCUGUCGAGCAAGAGCCCCGCCCACUUGCUGCGCAACUCGCCCCGCCCUUCGCCCAAGCCCCGCCCUCACUCGUAUGCCGGAACCUCAGGUCACGACAUCGUGGUGGUCAAGGAAGGCAGCCUUGACAUUCAGACAGUGGACACGGAUGAAGACCUCCUCAAGUUGCAGGCCAUCCCCCAGUUCCUGCCCAUCCUACGAGGAAGCCUGCACAGCCCCAUCAUCUGCGACGCAGACGUUGCCGACAAGCUAGACCACCGGGCUGUCAACCGGCUGGCCUCCCGCUACCAGGACCACCUGCGACAGUGCUCCGAGGUGGUCAGCACUGAGCAGAAUGCACUGGCCAGCCGCAUCAGGGAGAUGGACUAUGCCGUGUCAACAUUGAGCAACAUGCUCACGGAGCGUCAGAAGAAGUUUGCCAAGUAUGUGGAGCAGCUAUCCAGAGUCCACGAGCUGUCCGGGAUGCUUCAGACUUCCCAAACGCUGCUGACGAAGACGAUAGAGCAGCUGGACACGCUGAACAAGCUGCUUCCGCCCGACGAACAACUCGAACCCUUCAUCAUGGUGACUGGCUGAAGACGGUACGCUGUGGCUGAAGACGGUACGCUGUGGCUGAAGAUGGUUUGCUGACAACUGCUGUUGUACAGGACGCAAUGUGAGAUGCCUCCUGUGAAGCCUCUGUGUAGGCUGCAAGGGUCGUUGUUCAAGUUUAGUCUCACGAUAAAUAUUAUGGGACUAAACUUGAACUCCUGUCCGAACAUGAGAUCAUGGAACUAACCUUGGCGAGAACUGAAGGGCUGAAGUAUGGUGCAAGGGUUGCUGCGUCAUAUGUUGUUCUGGCCACUUAGUACUGAAGCAUGGCAGGCUUAAGUGUCCAAAUAAGAUACUUUAGAAAUCGUGAGAUGACACAACUUCGUCAUAUGCCAUGCGGCGGUCCUCUUUUGUCCAUUUUGUUUUGCCUUGGGAAUUAUUCCCUCCGUCAAAUUUCGCUUGUGUCCUUCACAGGGGCCUUGAGCAUGCUCAUCAUGUGGGUCUGGACGGCCACUCACACGCCCGGUUGGUCAAUUGCUCAGGGCCUCCGCUGCUGUUCGAGUCCCGAAAACAGGAAAGGCAAAGGUACGAGGGUGCGGCAGGAGAGAUGGACAGACAACAGGCACACCACUGGUAGGUGGCGUGUGACAUCAAGUCUGAUGAGCAUUGAGGUUACCAAAAAGUGGAGGAGGUGAAGAGGAAAGUCGUGGUGUUUGCCUGGUGGUGUCCAAACAGAAAACGGUCUGCCGGACUUUAACUUCCACUUUCUAUGAUGGAGUUGUGUCACUUCACAAUUUCUGAAGUGUCCUGUUUGGACAGUCCUUUACUGAGCACUGAUGUAGCAUAUUUCUAUAUCAGGCAGUCUGGGCAUCCACUAUAGGUGUCUCCAAUUUAAAGCGUCCACAGUAGUCCACUUUUUCUUCUGUCUUCCAAAAUGCCGUGAAAAGUCUCUUAAUUAAGGCAAUCUUACGUCGAGGCAUUUUCCCCUGAACAACAUUUUUAAUAUUCACUGCAAAGCAUUUCUAGUCAUAUCCUCUUCUUUUUUCUUAUUGAAGUGCUUGUGAAUAUUCCUAUUGUCUUCUCACAUAUUCCUUUGUCUCAACUAGACACAGCUGUCAGAUGGUCCUUUUAAGCACAGAGCAUUCUUUGCACACUGGGUUACACUAAUAUAUCUGAUCAGGAAGUAAAAACAAAAUAGUGUGUGCUUUACUCAGCUUUGCAGUUGUUUUCGGUCAGGAUAAAGUAUUGGGAGAAAAAAAAUGUUUGAGUGGCUCUUGUGUUUAUAAAAUUGUAGUGCUUGCGAUUCCAAUCUGGAAUCACUUGAAAGGUUGUCACUCUUGCUUGUGAAUAUGUGCCAUAUAAAGUCAUGUAUAGAGUUUCCAAACUGACUAACUUGGUAUCAGUUUAUGUGUUGCAUGAACUCGGCCCUAGUGAACGGUCUCAAAGAAAGUAAUUAAUGAGGUUUUCUGCAGUGCAUGAUGACAAGGAUUCUCAUCAUGCACCACUGAUUAUCACAUUUAGUGUUGUCCUAUGAAUAAAAACUGAACCAUGAGCUCAACUUAAAAAGGUUUGUGGGAAAUGUAGGGAUUCGAAGGCUGUUGCAAGUUUGCACUGUCGUUCAUGAACACUUAGGCUAGCCCUUUAGGGUGCAUGUCGAAAUGUGGAUUACGCCACUUGGUAAAUGAAGCAAAAUGUGUGUUACAUGACAUUGUAGUGCCGCAUUAGGUCAUGAUGUUACGGGCUGUCACAGCCCUUAGUGAUGGCUCUUUGUGACAGGUUUCUCGUAGAAUUCGGCUGUCAAAACGCAUGCCGUGUUGGACACAAACUGAAUAGCAAUGAUUCGUCUGCAGUGGCGUAGCCAAAAAAUUUUCUCAGGGGGUGUUUUUCUUUGCUCAUACCAUUCAAAAGGCAAUGAACAACAAAAAAUCCGAAAGGGAAGAAAAGAAAUUUUGCAAACAAUUUUAGUUACUUUUUUUUUUCUUAGAAGACAAAAGUCCAACCUUUUUUUGCCUCAUCUGGUUCAUUCAAUCUUUGAAAGGGGAGACUUUAAUGGUGAACAAUGAAUACACCCAAUCAUAAAUUAUAAUAUUGGGCUUUGAACAAAAAAGUCCAGACAGGCCUGCAAAAUAUUCUGGUGCGUACACUUCUUUGUAGAACACUCGGGUAUCCAAUUACUAAAAAACCACGGAAGAGUUCCAGAGAAUAGUGAAGUUUAGAAUAUGAUUAAACAUAAAAACUGCAAGGCGCACUGGGGCAAAGGCGCAAAUGAAGGGUCACGCUAAUUGUUCCUGUGCGGAUCACAUUUUUCAGAAAUGAUUGUGCUAGUCAUACUUUGGAUUCUUUCUGUUCUUCGAUGUCAUUUUACGAUAAAAGGACAGAUAAAAGUAUGAGUUUCUCUCAUUUUGUAGGUCUAAACAUUUAGUGGAAGUCGACGUUGGUUGAUAAAAAGAAGCGAGAGGACACUUUCGGGGCUGAUUUGUAUGUUCCGGUGAAUGUUCAGAAGUGCAACCCCUAGCAAAAGUCAUGCUGGGACGUUGAAGCUCUCAGGUGUGAUUUGAGUCUUCGCAGUCUCGAGAACGAACGUUCCGUUUUAGCAGUGGUAACGGGCAUGGUGGCCAGGAUUUGCAGCAGGGCAUUUACAUUAGGAUACAAUGCCUCCGGGGAAAGACAAGCAGCCUGUACCACUGAGACGCGCUAAGCAGUGCGGUCAUUCCACACCUCUGUCUGAACCAGAACUUCUCCAUGCAGUUUAUUUAACGAAACGAUGCUCCGCACAGGCUGGAGAUUCGCUCGAAGUUGAGGCUUGCGACAUAGGGAUCGACGUCGUUGGCCACAUCGCUCUUGCCUAGAAAGGACGAUGCUACCAGACGUGAGUGUGCCGACUCUGUUGGAAACCUUGAUGACACGCUUAAAGUUGUAGGUCAAUAAUCAUUCUUGAAUAAAGCGUCAAGCGACUGCUUGGCUAUUGAACUUA